AGAUGGAGAGAGAGAGAUGGAGAAAGAAGCUAGUAUUUAUGCAUGAUGACAUUAUGGGCUCUUACAUUCAAUCCCUCUGUCUCUCUUUCUCUUCGUGCCAUCUUCUUGUCGGAAACGAGGGGAUGACAUGGGGAAUCCCAUUUCUUUCGUGAUGUUAUUUCAUCUCCUUGUCAUUGUGAAUGGCAUGACAAUCGGGGAUGUGAAAGAGAGCCAGAUAUACAUUGUUUAUCUGGGGGACAAGCCGCAGCAUAAUCAUGAAUGCAUUGCAGAGUCACAUGAUGACAUUCUUGCCAGUGCUGUUGGGAGCAAAGAAGAAGCCAAAAGGUUGAUGGUGUACAACUACAAGCACAGUUUCUCUGGUUUUGCAGCUAAACUCACAAAGGCUCAGGCAAAGAAGUUGGCUGAGAAACCAGGGGUGCUUCGAGUAUUACCGGAUGGACGUCACAGGGUGCAGAAUACCAGGAGCUGGAUUUCAUUAGGCCUAUCUCAUAUUGGUCUCCCGAACAAUCUACUUCAUCAAGCACACAUGGGUGAUGGAGUCAUUGUCGGAGUUGUGGAUUCAGGAAUUUGGCCGGAUUCAGAGGCUUUCAAUGAUGAAGGACUUGGUCCCGUCCCAGAUCGCUGGAAAGGUGUUUGCAAAUCUGACGGUCUUUUCAAUGCCUCCAAGCAUUGUAAUAGGAAAAUAAUCGGAGCUCGUUGGUACAUCAAGGGGUAUUUACACGAGACUGGGGUAAAUGUGGCGCAAUUUAAUGAAACACCAGAAGGAACCCCUUCACCAAUUGACAUUGGUGGGCAUGGUACUCAUGUAGCCAGCACAGUUGCUGGCUCUUUUGUUAGUAAUGUCAACUAUUAUGGCCUCGACAUGGGAACGUUUAGAGGCGGCGCCCCCCGUGCCCGACUAGCUAUUUACAAGGCGUGCUGGGAUGCACCCAAGGAACUGUGUUCAAGUUCUGAUAUUCUAGCAGCAAUAGAUGAUGCUGUGCGUGAUGGGGUUGAUGUUAUAUCAGUGUCAUUAGGUGGGUCGUUCCCUCAUUUACCAGAAGUUUCACCAGAUAACGCCCUUGCAAUUGGCUCCUUCCAUGCCAUUGCAGUGGUUUCUUCAUUUGGAAAUGGGGGUCCAACCACUUCCAGCAUCGAGGAAGUAGCACCAUGGAUGAUAUCUGUUGCUGCUAGUACUGUGGACAGAGCCUUCCCUACUCCUAUCACACUUGGGAAUAACAAAACCAUAAUGGGACGCGGCUUGGUCAUUGGGACGAGGGUUGGUUUUGCAGGGUUGGUUCAAGAGGAACUCCCUAAGAGGGUCCACGAGGGAGAACUGAAUCAAGCCCCUGUACCAGGAAUCGAGGGAAAAGUGAUUCUCUCUUUUUUUAAAGAUUAUGUUGCCCACUAUCCUAGAGCUGCUGUACAAGUAGCUGAGUCAGGUGGUCUUGCACUGAUAGUAGUGAGACCCCUCGAUGACACUGAUCUAUAUGCAUACUGUGAUUCUAUGCAACAUCCUGCAACUAGGAUCCCAAUUGUCGAAGUUGAUUUUGAGGCUGGGAACGAAAUACUUGAGUACAUGGAGAAGAGUUCUCAAGCCACCAUAAUGAUAGGACCCUCAAGUGUUCUAGUGGGAAAACCACUGACACCUAAGAUUGCUGGCUUCUCAUCAAGAGGACCUAAUGCUCUGGCCCCAGCAAUUCUGAAGCCUGAUAUAGCAGCACCUGGAGCAAGUAUACUAGCCGCUGUUCCUCCUGGUUAUCCUGCAAACGACAAUGGAUUUGCUUUCAUGUCGGGAACAUCCAUGGCUGCUCCUCAUCUUAGUGGCAUUGUAGCACUCCUUAGAGCUUUACAUCCACACUGGUCUCCUGCAGCUAUAAAAUCUGCACUUGUCACAACAGCUUGGAACGAAGACUCGCACAAGACUCCAAUCUUUGCUGAAGGAUCCCCAGCCAAGAUAGCCGACCCGUUCGACUUCGGUGGUGGCAUUGUGAACCCAAAUGGUGCGGCAUAUCCUGGUUUGGUUUAUGAUAUGGAUAGAGAGGACUACAUGAACUACCUUUGCUCUCAAGACUACUACACCGCCGACAUCUACAAUGCUACAAAAGAAACGUCGGCAUACAAUGCUACAGCCGAGCAGUUAAUCUGCCAAAACAGAUACCUCUCCAUUUUGAAUCUCAACUUGCCAUCCAUCGUAAUACCAGCGCUCAAGACGUCCAUCACUGUCAAAAGAAGAGUCACCAAUGUAGGACCAAGCAAUUCCGUGUACAGAGCUACGAUCAAGUUUCCAAUCGGCACAACAGUUUCUGUUAAGCCCGAUGUCUUGGUGUUCGAUUCAAACACCAGGAUGAUCGAUUUUGAGGUGACGGUUAAUGAUGAACAGAACAUGAAUACUGGGUAUGUGUUUGGUAGCCUGACUUGGACUGAUGGCAAGCAUUCUGUUAGAAGCCCCAUAUCUGUGCGGACAACCCUUUAUUCUUUGCACUAAUGAGAGACUGAAAUAUGUGUUGUAAUAUGCUGUACUACAGUCUUACUUGUAAAUUCAACAUAUAUAAUUUAAUCAAA